AGGGCGGGAACAAAUUACAGAGACAAAGAAAGUCUUUGGGUGUAACAAUUAGAGAAGGGUGUGCGGAGGAGCCCCCAGGCUCAGGUCUAUAUAGUCCGGCUUUCACCUGCACCAGCGCCAGGGAGAGGAGGCGAGGAGGUCCGGUCUGACCCGGAGCCCCCAGCGCCCACCGCCCACCGCGGUGGGGGCAGGGCCAACGGGAGGGGCUAUGUGUAGAAGGCGAGGCUGAGUAAUUGAAGUGAUUACCAAGUUGAGCUAUGGAGAAGCCGGAGUCUCUGGCACCUGUUAGUGGUCUCAGUACGGAAUCCCCUGGCGGGGUUCCUAGGGCAGUACCUGGAGGUGUCAGAGGUAUACAAACAGACACCGGACUACCCUCCGGAGUAGGCUCGUUUCGCGGUCCUGGCUCCCUCCUGCAUUCCGGGAACUCUGUCCGCAGUCCUGGUCCAACCCAGCCCUCUGAAGGAGCAGUGACCCUCAAUUCGGGACCCGGUCCGUAUCUCCGGGAGGUUGCAAGCCUUGGGUCCAGCACAUCCCCUGCCACUGGAACUGGUGCAACUAAGGCAUCCACCCCUGGGCCGGAGGAGCCUAAAGUGUACAGCUCGGAGAGUAGUACACACUCCGGGUCAUCUUUCACGGAACGGCCUCGGAGCAUCCUAAAAAACAGCAGCUCCAUUUUGAUAAAGAAACCCUCCAAUUCAGAAAAGAAGUCUCAGCGCUGGGAUGAGAUGAAUAUCUUGGCUACCUACCACCCUGCUGACAAAGACUAUGGCUUUAUGAAGGCGGAUGAGCCCCGAACCCCCUACCACAGACUGCAGGACAAUGAUGAGGACCCAUCUGCGGAGUCUUCUCUCAAGGUGACUCCCGAAUCAGUGGCAGAGAGGUUUGCCACAAUGGACAAUUUCCUCCCCAAGGUCCUCCAGUAUGGAGACAACAAAAACUCAAAGACUACAGACAACUUUACCAAGACACACUCCACUGAUUUUGACAAGCACCGAAAGAUACAUUACAGUGAAGGGAAGUACCUGAAGACCCCAAAAAACCUGCCCUCGGCCACUGAGGAGGAGAACACCGGGGCAGGCGCCAGCAUCGGCAGCAGCAACCAAGGUGUGGCAGUGGACCUGAAGUCUAGGCCUGUGGAGAAAGGCUGGGCAGGAAGACUGGCCACAGGAGUCAGAAAAGAUGGUGUCUCAAUGGCUGACAGCUAUGUUCUAGACACCAAUGAUUCUGCUACCUAUAAAAACCAGUUCCCCUCAGCCUCAGACUCUACCGUUGGGGAGCUGGCUACUUUACAACGCAAGGAAUACUACAGCAAAGGAAGAUAUCUGAGGUCCUGCUCCCACCCAGAGCUUGGAGAGGAUAUAGAAGAUGAAGAACAGGACAUCAGUGGGUCACAAGUGUCAUCCAACUGUUGGGCUAAGGGGCGGAGGUGCCGAAGUCCAGGGAGCUCAGAAAAGGAACAUGGAAGUAACCAGAACCCUCCGUGCUGGAAUGGACGCAGACGUGAGCCUGGGCCAAGGCAAGGGAGUAACUCGCACUGCUCAGGGAGGCAGCUGGCUGAAGUGGAUGAAAAUUGCGGCUCCAGUGGACUCAGGAAAAAGAACCUAGACCAUGGAAAAUGUAGUCACCUGGGGAUGGGGUGAGGGUAACCGUCCCUCCUCUUACCACUCUAAUGGACAAUAAAGAGAACAUCAGGAA